AUGUACCGAAUAUUCCGGGCAUUUUUUUUUCUGCCAAGGGCUGGACAAAAUAAGAGCAUACGAGUUAUAGUGGCAGAACCGGCGAUUUUUUUCGGCACUUCCCAGCAGCUUAUGACGGGGGAAGCGAAAACAAGAAUUACAGUUACUAGCAGCUACUACUACAGGCUAUUAGAGCCCUCUUUAGAAGCAGGGCGUGGAUAUGAGGAAACAAUCCCAAAAAGGCAGGAUUGUUGA